UUUUAAAUAAAUAUAAGGAUUGAAUUUACGAUCCUAUCCUCGCUCAAUAUAAUUAGAGUCAAAUUUAUCUCCAAUAGAGGCCUGAAACAGAAGGAAGCUCAUAAAGUGGUAGCCCUAGCCCUAGCUCAAUUCUGGUCUGGUCCAUUAGGGUUUUUUUUUUUUUUGAUGCUUUCUCAAAGCUCUAAACCUUCAAGCUCAAGCCCAUUAACUCCGUCUUCUACCUCCAAUUUUCUCCUGUAACCAUAAUUCAAAUUUUUUAUUUGAAUUUUAUUUUUUUUUUCCAAUUUCCCCGAAAUUUUCAGUAUCGAAACCCUAGAUUCGAAUUUUCUGAGCGUUUCUCGGUCUCUUUCUCGCCCUGUUCUCCUUUAGAUCCAUCAAUAAAGUCUUCUUUGCAGGACUAUUCUUUCUUCCAUUUAGAUGGAUUCUCCUAUUGCAGCUGUGAUGCCUACUACUCCUAUUGAUAACAAUGAACCACCUGGUUCAGAAACACAACCUAAUAAGCGUAGGAGAAAGAAGUCUAUUGUGUGGGAAUACUUCACUGUAGAAACUGUUGGAGCUGGAUGUACUAGGGCCUACUGCAAGCAAUGCAAGAAAUCAUUUGCUUACAUUACUGGUUCAAAGCUAGCUGGAACCAGCCACCUCAAACGACAUAUUACCAUGGGAAUAUGUCCUGUAAGCCGCCAGAAAAAUCAACAAUCUCCGUACAUUCCAAAUUCCAAACCAGGGAAUGCCACUGAUCCACCCAAAAGACGCUACAGAUCACCUGCUGGAUUUACUAGCAUCCCUUUCAAUCAGGAUCGGUGCAGCCAUGAUAUUGCUAAGAUGAUCAUUAUGCAUGAUUAUCCCCCCCACAUUGUUGAACAUUCCGGUUUUGUUGAUUUUGUUCAUACUCUUCAACCGCAGUUUAAUGUGGUCAGCUUCAACACCAUCCAAGGGGAUUGUGUGGCAAUGUACCUGAGAGAGAAGCAAAGCCUUCUGAAUUUUAUUAGUGAAAUUCCUGGACGAGUGAACCUUACAUUGGAUUUGUGGAAUUCAAAUCAAACUGUUGGCUAUGCAGUCCUUACAGGGUACUUCAUCGAUGGUGAUUGGAAUUUGCAUCGUCGAAUUCUUAAUGUUGUUAUGGUUCCUUCACCAGAUUCAGAUGUUGCCUUUAAUCAAGCCCUUGUGACUUGCCUAUCUGACUGGCAUCUGAAGAGCAAGUUGCUGACCCUCACACUUGAUUGCUCCUUUUCAAAUGAAACCAUAAAUCGACAUCUCAGAGGCUUCCUUCCUGUCAAGAACCCACUUAUGUUGAAUGGUCAAUUGUUAAUAGGAAAUUGCUAUGCUCGUGUUAUAAGUCGCUUGGCACAAGAUGCAAUAGGAGCAACUGGGGCAGCUGUCAAGAAAAUCCGUGAUAGUGUAAAGUAUGUCAAAACUUCAGAUGCUCAUGAAGAGAAGUUUCUUGAGCUGAAGGAACAACUUCGAGUGCCUAGCACAAAAGAACUGUUCAUUGACGACCAAACUAAAUGGAACACAACUUUCCAUAUGCUGGUGGCUGCUAAUGAGCUAAAGCAAGUAUUUUCCUGUUUAGAAACCUAUGAUCCUGAUUACAAAAUAGCCCCUCCAUCAAUGGAUGAGUGGAAGCAGGUAGAAAUUCUCUGCAUAUACUUGAAGUAUUUCUUUGAUGCAGCUAACAUCUUAACUUCUCCAACAUAUCCAACUGCCAGUGCCUUUUACCAUGAAGUGUCAAAAAUUCAAUUAGAGUUGACACAAGCAGCCAUGAGUGAAGACCCCUUUGUCAGCUACUUGACCAGACCUUUGAAAGAAAAGUUCAAUGAAUAUUGGAGAGAAUGCUUUCUUGUAUUGGCGAUUGCUGUUGUUAUGGAUCCAAGGUUCAAAAUGAAGCUCAUUGAGUUCAGUUUCUCCAGGAUAUAUGGUGAGGAUGCUGAUACCUGGAUCAAGGUUGUUGAUGAUGGCAUUCAUGAACUCUUUGAUGAAUAUCUUCUGCUUGCACUUCCUCCUCCUGAUGCUUUCAUGGAAGAAAUGAAUGAGGUCCUCCCAAAAAAUCAAACUCUUCAAGAACAAAUCCCCGAGAAGACACUCCACUAGAAGAGAUCCCUCAAGAAGGAACCUAUCAGGAAGGGCAUCCUCAAGAAGGUACCUAUCAAGAAGGACACUAUCAAGUAGGAAAUCCUCAAGAAGGACACUAUCAAGUAGGAAAUCCUCAAGAAGGGCACUAUCAAGUGGGAAAUACUCAAGAAGGGACCUACCAAGUAGAAAAUCCUCAAGAUGAGACCUAUCAAGGAGGAAAUACUCAAGAAGGGAUCUAUCAAGAAGGAAAUGCUGAAGAAGGGAUCUAUCAAGAAGGGAUCUAUCAUGAAGGAAAUACUCAAGAAGGAACCUAUCAACAAGGGACCCAUCAAAGACUUCCUGAAGAAUUACCAUCACAUGGCUCUCAAGAUAUGCCACUUAUCACUAUUGGAGACGGGCUUUCCGAUUUUGAAGUCUACAUCUGUGACUAUACAAGUACUCAGCCAUCAAAAUCAGAAUUAGAUCAGUAUCUUGAAGAAUCACUCUUGCCUCGUGCGCAAGAGUUUGAUAUUUUGGAUUGGUGGAAACUAAACCAACAUAAGUAUCCAACUCUUUCCAAGAUGGCUUCUGAUAUUUUGUCAAUACCAUUUUCUACAGUUGCUCCUGAUUCUGUGUUCCACACUACUAGCAAGAGGAUGGAUGCCUACCGGACCUCGUUGCGCCCAGUUACAUUGGAGGCACUUAUCUGUGCCAAGGAUUGGUUCCAGUAUGGAUCAUUAUCAUCCGAGUUCACCAAUUCAAUUGUGAAAAUGGAAUUUUAGGGGUUUAGGUUUUGUUUUCCUCUUACUGGAUAUGAUAGAUGGUUUUGCUCCCAAGGUUUUUAGGUGUUUGGUUGAUAGCAGUUAAUUUUUUUUCCUUUUUCUUUUUCCUGUUGUGAUCUUUGUUAUUAUGAAAUAUCUUUAGUGUAGGAUACAGUUCUGCUACCUAGGAAUUGCUGAUUUGCUGUUGCUGUUGGAUUCAGUGGAUGAAAGCUAGAGUUAAUGCCA